AUAACUGACUGACCACCCAUCUCUCUCCCCUUCUCUUCUCUCUCUCUUAUCUCUCUCUUCUUCCUCUGCAACUAUUUCAUCUCUCCACAAACUUCCAAACAAAGAGAAUUAAUGGAAAGUGAGAUUUGCAAGUUUUAUUCCCUCCCUUGUCCUCCCAUACUCCCAUGUUCUUGAUUGCCAUGAAACCCCCAACGACAACAUCAAAAACAACAACAACAACAUUAGACCUUUUCCUUUUAAUGGAUGUUCCUCACUUGUUUGCUACACCAUUUGAUCUCUCCUUAGUUAACACAAGCCAUGCUAUUUCUUCUUCACCUAGAUCUCUCUUCCCUAUAUAAACCCGAGCCUUUCGCCGUUUUCGCUCUUUCCCUUCAUGGCUCGCUCUGAGAACAAGCACAGGAUCAAGCGGAGGAACGCCGAGGCUGUGAACUAUAGUUGGGUUGGGGUGUCAUCGGGGCGGCUUGUUUGACCAUGGUGCCCGUCGAGAACCCUCUUCACGGCGGCUACAGCUGUUAUUAUGGUUAUGGUGGCUGCGGCGGUGAUGUUCUUAUGAGCCGGGUUAUCGAAGGGUAUGAGGGUUGUAACACUAGUGAUCAAGCUAACAACUAUUGCUUAGGGUUGAUAUCUUCAUCGUCUGAUCAUCAGCAUCAUCAUCAUCUUCUAGAGGUUAAACCGAUGGCAGAGGACGAAUCGAGGACCACCAGCAGCCUCAACGAUGCUGCGGCCUCGAGCUCAAAGGAUGCUCGGGAAGAGAGACUAGACGAUGAGGGUUGGCUGGAGUUGAGUAUUGGCGGCCGCUCGAGUAGCAAUGACAAGAAGUUUGAACGGGAGAAAGUAUCAUAUGCAUCGGAUAAUAAUAUUAAGUUAUCUCAUCAGCCGGUCAUGAAUCUGCUUGCCCCUGAGAGAGGCAGCGGUGGACUGGUCGAGCUCGAUUUGUUGCCGCCCGGCAGCGGCGGCUUGGAACAACCGUGCAGGCCGCCCUUGGCCCCGAUCUUCCAGGUGCCUGAAUUUGUUAGAGCUCCAAGGCAGCUGCCCUCCCCUAAUUUUAGCUUGCCCUUUAAUUUCUUCCAACACCCGGGAAGCACUAGCUCUAGUUUUCCUCAUAGCAAUCAAGAGAUUCAAUGGGCAUAUAGGCCGAAUUUUAUUCCGGCAAAUAUUAUCGCGGGCUCUCCUCCUUCUUCCUCCUCCUUGCCGCCGUUGUCUCCUUCUUCUGCCACUGCUUAUAACUUGAUGCCAUUCGUCGGGUCAUAUUUUGCCCGACCUGUAAUGGCCGGAGUAGAUGUAGGCGGGUCGAGUUCCGACGUAAGGGUUGUAAAUGCCCCGCGAAGACCCCAUUCGGGGAUUUGGUUCAUGCUCCAAGCUUCACAAAACCAGUUUAUCUGCAGGGCAAGAGAACCGUUCUUACCACAAAUUCCUAAAAGCUAUCUAAGAAUCAAGGACGGGAAGAUGACAGUUCGACUAUUGAUGAAGUACUUGGUUAACAAGCUGAGUCUCGAUAGCGAAUCAGAGAUUGAGAUAAGAUGUAGAGGGCAAGAGCUACAACCUUGCUUGACGUUGCAGCAUGUCAGGGACAACAUUUGGAGUCAAAGGGAUGCCUUCGCUUUGCUUCCACCGCCAGACAACACCUCCCCCUCGUCCUCCUCAUCAACCUCGUCCGAUCACCUCAUGGUCCUCCACUACGGUCGAAGUGCUGCUUCUUGAUCAUUAAUUUAAUCAUGAUCAUCAUCAUCACCAUGCAUCUACCACGAUGAUUCGAUACCAUUAAUUAUUAUUAUUACUUCCCGAUUUCGGUUUUUAUUUAUUAAAAAAUAACACCCCUUUGAGGUAAAAAAAAAAAAAAAGAUAUAUCGCGAAUCAAUUAAUAUAUGCCCCCAAUUAUGAUCAUCAUAACUCUCCUUUUGGCUCCCACACGAGUUAAUAUGUGUAAUUUUUG